CAUCACGACGCUCCUGGCCUCAGCUUCGGACUGUUGGGGUUCUGGCCGCUCCUUAACUAUUCUGUUUCCCUUGUCUGCUUGAUUAAUUGCCGUCCACUUCUGUCUAAGCAACUAGUCACCUCUCCUGCUAUCGCUUCACAGCCUCCAUAUGCCUCCUGUCUGGAUACCAACCCUUCUCUCCAUACUAGUCGUCACUCUACUGCUUCUCAAAUGUCUACCGAGGAAGCACAGGCUUUUCAAACACAAACAAGUCAAUUCAGGCCUGCCAAGUCGUCUGCUUUGUUGACUGCUCACCCUGGUGCUAUUGAUAUUGAGACUCGUUUACGUACUUUCCUGUAA